UUACAUGACUGUGGACAACUUCCAGCGGGGGAUUUUUACUUGGCCAAUGAAUUUUGGAUGGAGGCAGAUUCCACAAGAGGUCAUUGAGAAAAAUAACAUCAAGGAAACUGAUAUAAUAAGGUGCCCCGUGAUGGCAGGUGGCCUGUUCUCCAUCGACAAGAAGUAUUUCUCUGAGCUGGGAAUGUACGACCCAGGACUGGAUGUCUGGGGAGGAGAAAACAUGGAGAUUUCAUUCAAGGUGUGGAUGUGCGGAGGAGAGAUCGAGAUAGUGCCGUGCUCCAGGGUCGGGCACAUUUUCAGGAAUGACAAUCCCUACUCCUUCCCCAAAGACCGGGUGAGGACGGUGGAGAGGAACCUGGCGCGGGUGGCCGAGGUGUGGCUGGACGAGUACAAGGAGCUGUUCUACGGCCAUGCCUACCACCUGCUGCACAGCGUGGACGUGGGCGACCUGAGCCAGCAGAUCCAGCUGCGGCAGAGGCUGCGCUGCAAAACCUUCCGCUGGUACCUGCACAACGUGUACCCCGACCUGGAGGCUCCCCUGGUCAAGGCCAGUGGACAGCUCGUUAACGUGGCCCUGGCGGGAUGCAUCGCUGUGCAAGGCACCAGCCUGGCUUUUGAGGAGUGUGAUGCUAACAGCAUGAACCAGAAGUUCAACUACACCUGGCUGAGGCUGGUCCAGCACGGGGAGCUGUGCCUGGCACCCGCGGGCGUGCUGGGAGCCGUGGGGCUGCGCCCGUGCCAGGGCAGGAACCGCAGCCUGGCCUGGCUCCACAGGCAGUCCUCAGCUUUCCCAGAUGUUUUCUGGGAUGACAAGUGCAAAGCUGAGUCCCAACUCCAGACAAAUCUAGAGUAA